AUGACAAACAAGUUGGCGUUUGAAGCGCUUGAUAGAACUUUUCGUGACAUAAUGAGUUCAAAUGUUGCUUCGGCUCGUGAUAUUCCAUUUGGUGGGAAAGUUAUUGUUCUUGGUGGUGAUUUUAGACAAGUGUUGCUAGUUAUUCCGAAAGUAACUCGUGUUGAAAUAGUUAUGGCUUCAAUUAAUUCGUCAAUUCUUUGGAAGCAUUGUAAGGUAAUGUGGAUGACAAAAAAUCUUAGGUUGGCAAAGAACUCUGUUUUGUCAAAUUUGGAUGAAAUAAAGGAAUUCUCAUACUGGAUUUUAAAGAUUGGUGAAGGUUCUUAUGGGAAUCAAAAGGAGGAUAAAAUAAUUGUUGAUAUUCCAAGUGAUUUACUUAUUCCUCCAACUGACAAUCCUAUUCAGGAUAUUGUUUCAGCGAUAUAUUCAAAUAUUCAUGAUAACUAUGGUAAUGUUUCUUAUUUUCAAGAACGUGCUAUACUUGCUCCUACUGUUGAUAUUGUGCAACAAAUAAAUGACUAUGUUGUUGAUAGUUUUCCUGGUCCUGAGAAGGUUUAUUUGAGUUCUAACUCUAUUUGUCGUAGUGAUUGUCAAGGUGCAAUCGACACUGAUUGGUUGACAACUGAGUUUUUGAACCAGAUUACAUGUUUUGGGAUACCAAAACAUGCUCUUAAAUUGAAGAGAGGUGUUCCCAUUAUUUUGUUACAAAAUAUAGAUCAAGCAAAUGGAUUGUGUAAUGAAACUCGACUCAAUGUUCAAGAUCUUGGAGAGAACAUUAUUGGGGCUGAAAUUGUGUCUGGAAGUAACAUUGGUGACAAAUUGAACAAGAUACAGUGUACUUUGAAGAAGGAGGUCAUUAAUCAAUUCCGAAAAAUUCUCAAAGAAGGAGAGCUGUAUUCUAUAUCUCGAUUCACAGUAGUUUCAAAUAUUGGUGCAGCAAAAGUUGUAAAGCAUCGAUAUAAGUUGCUUUUUCAGUUUGACAUGGAGGUUAUUCCAAUUUCUGAUGUUGAGUUUUCAGAGGCUUCAUAUUCAUUAGAGACUGUUGAAAGUGUUGUUCAGAUGGGACAAGAUUAA